AUCCGAUCCCUCCUCCCCAGCGCACGUGUAAUCAGCUGCUUCCUGGAUUGCGCGCUCGGCCCCGCCCCUUCCCGGGAGACCCCGCCCUGUACCGUGACGUCAUCACUAUCAGGAACAGCUGAAGUCCAGGCGCGAGCAGCAUGGAGGGAUCUGCUGGAAUUCAAGCAAUGAGUCUAUUUGACCUGAGUCCAUCCAGUCCGUUGCUGUCGGGCCUCUUCCUCAAUAAUAACGCCAAUGGAAAAGACGAUUCUACGGAAGAGAAGGUGAAGCCGCCUCCAGAAAUAACAGACAGGGAAGCAAAAGCACCAAACAUCCUGGAGAUUUCGGAUCGGAUGACCUGCUUGACGUGUCAGUGCACAUUUGACACCAGGGAGGACCAGAAAGAACAUUACACCUUGGACUGGCAUCGAUUUAACCUGAAAAGGAGAAUCAGAGGAGCCGCAGCAUUAAGUGAGGAAGACUUCCAGGAGAAGACACAGGCAGGCGAUGUCUCCAGCAUUUCUGGUUCGGACUCGGAGAGCUCUGAUGAACUGGAGACAGAGACGACCCCGGAGCCAAGUACUGAUCCGUCUCCUAUCAUGGCCCCGUCCAGCCGCGCACAGAGGGUCCUCUUCAGGAACGGGGAGCAGCGGGUUCUCUCUGUCUACCGCUGUGUGCUGGGGUUAGGGAAGGACACGGAGGUGGCGCCCGAGCACCUGCUGAGUUGUGUGAAGCGCUUGCAGGAGCAGCCGGUGGUGGUGAUCCUCAUGGCCGGCGGGGGUCAUUUUGCCGGAGCUGUUUAUAAGGGAAAGGAGGCGCUACAGCACAAGACUUUCCAUCGGUACACAGUUAGAGCUAAAAGGGGCAGCGCACAAUCUGUCCAUGAUGCCCAGAACCGCGGCCACAUGGCGAAGUCUGCUGGGGCUGCUCUGAGGAGAUACAACCAGGCGGCGCUGGUGGCGGACAUUAACCAGUUGUUGCAGAGCUGGGCCGAGCACAUUAAAGAGGCUCAGAGCAUCUUUCUGCGGGCCCCUCGCUCCGAUAAGACUCUCUUCUUGGGACGUAAUUCCCCCAUAACCAGGAAAGACCCGCGAGUUUUCGGAAUUCCUUUUGUCACCAGGCGGGCCACCUUCAGGGAGGUCCAUCGAGUGCACAGCCAUCUCUUCACGCUGCAGCUCUAUGAGAAGGACGCCCUCUUAUUACCAAUCAGGGGAACACGAGAGAAAAGCGUAAAGUCCAGGAAAUCUGUACGGACAGGAAUACAAGAAGAGACGGCUGACGUCGCUGAGGUAUCGGAAGAAGAGAGUCCUCCCCCUGGAGAAUAUGUGGAAGAAGAGCUGACAAUCAGCACCUUGGAUCUGCGGGAACAUGAAGUGCAGCCUAAGAGGAGAAGAAAAAAGAAAAAGAAGAGGGAUGGGGCGAAUGGAGGCAGAACCGGGCUCGGUGAUACAUCUCAGAGGUCUGUACCCGAUCCUGUGGAUGAAGAUUCGUCCUCGGAGGAGACAGAGAACCGUACACAUCACCUCGCAUCUGCAUUGGAAGGCGAUGACCUGUGUAGGAUUCGUAACGUCUUAUUCACAUGCUGCAAAACGGGAGAUACUGAGACGGCCAAGCAGAUUUUACAAGAGCUGCUCCCCGGUUCCUCUGAGGACUCCUCUGUUCCCAGACUCUCCGCCCCCGAGGUUCUCCAGCAGCUGGUGAACGAACAUCUUGCCAUAGAGAAGCGCACCCUACUUCAUGUGGCUGCAGCAGCAGGACAGGGGGACAUGGCUCGUCUGCUGAUGGACGCUGGAUGGGACCCAUCCCUCAGGGACUCCGCCGCCCAGACCCCAUAUUCUGUGUCUACUGACAAACGGACCCGGAACAGCUUCCGAAAAUACAGAGAGGAGAACCCGGACAAAUACAACUACAGCAAAUCCCAGAUCCCUGGACCGAUAUUGGAAGAGGUGGAGGCGCGCAAGACUGAGAAGAAACGCGCUCAGCGGGCGCAAAGGAAACAGAAGGAGAAGGAAGAAAAAGAAGAGAGGCUGAAAAGGGAGGCAGAGGAGGCCGAAAAGAAGAGAUUUGCAGCUCUGAGUGACCGGGAGAAGAGAGCUAUCGCAGCGGAGCGCAGACUGGCUGCACAACUCACCGAAGAGACGGCCGGGAUUAACGUCAGGCGCUGCUGGCAAUGUGGGGCGUCCCUUUUAGGAAAAAUACCAUUCGAAUACCUCGAAUUCUCCUUCUGUACCACUCGCUGCCUACAAGAGCAUCGACGUAACCAGGCCGCAAAGUCCCAGAAGUAGCCGCCCUGAUCACACCGGGACCUCACCGCCAAAGUACAAGCAAUACCGCACGCCCGAUGCUGCAAACGUCACUUCCCUCACAGUCCGGUCAGAGAUCCCUGGACUAUAACCAGCAUGCACACAGUGUUCCUGGAGACCUACUGCUGAACAGAGACUACAAAAAUACAUUGGUGCUACUACAAAACACAAUACAUUUCUUCAUGGUAUACUGGCCACUAGGUGGCACUGUGUACAUUGUAUUUAUUCAAUCGUUGUAAGUACAGGAAUGAGUGUUCUGUGAUUUUUUUUUCCCUAAUGGUUGACCAGUCUGUAGUAGUUGCCGUCUGCCAAAAAUCAGGGUAUAGUAUUGUCUUAAUUGUUACAUUUAAAGGGAUACUCCGGCACGCCCCCACAAUACUCCGUCCCCGUGAUCGGGAGGCAUAAGACUUGGAGCCUCCAGCACUUCCUGCAGCGCUCACAGGUGGGUGCUGCAUGCUUGAUUGUGGGGGUCCGCAGUGGCGGGACCCCCCGCGAUCAGACAUCUUAUCCCUUAUCCUUUGGAUAGGGGAUAAGAUGUCUUAGGGCCGGAGUACCCCUUUAAAAAGGGGUACUGCAGUGGGAAAAAAACUUUUUUUAAAUCAACUGGUGCCA